AUGUCUAGAAGAUCAAGUAGACCUGCAUCCUCUAAUAGGACCCCUUGGGACACAAGACUUUCAAGAGAAGAUAGUCCCAGCAACCCUUUUGGACCUACUAGGUACUCUAUUGAGCAAUCCUCUCCUGAGGAGCUAGUGAUUCCCCAACCUAUCCAACCCUAUGAAUCACCCAUCAAGCCACAUGCUUCCAUGCCAGCCUUGGAAGACCCUCAAGCAGGACCUAGUAGCUCAAGAAGAAUAUCACCCCACUCUCAUAAGUCAUCAUCCAGACACUCUCCAAGAUUGUCUCCUUUGGAAUAUGAAGCUAUUCAGGAAGCAGACAAGCUAGCUAAGCCAAGUUCUUCUAUAAGGAAACCUUCAUCUUUUGGUAAUAAGGCUAGCUCAGCUACCUUCCAGAGGAUGAUACCUGUAUUUGGACUCCCUGAUAUAGAGAUGUUGGAACCUUCCUCUAGUAAACCUCAGCCCUCUGAGCCUACGAACUCUCAUGAGCUUAAGAGAUCUAAAGGAAAGACUUCUGAAGCCCACAUAUCUAAGCAUAGGGAAACUCAAGCUGCCUUACUGGAUCCUAAUGAUAGGUCUUUUACUAAUGACCCAGCAAUCCAGAAGUACCUACCCUAUUCUCCUUCCACUACCUUAUACCCUUUAAAUGAAGAAUCUCCAGGAGAAUUCAACUAUCAGCCUGACUGUACCCAAAUGACCUCUUGGUGCAGGAAGAACCCUCAAGCUAAUAGUUUUAGGAAAGUCUACAGGCAGCUAGGAAGAGUAUUCUAUCAUGUGGAGAUACCUCCAGCCCAUGAGAAUCGCUACCCCUCACCUUCUUGUGAGCAAUGGGCUUCUCACUACUUCAAACUACUAGAUACUGUAGUAACCUUUAGACCUACAUGUUGCAUUACUACCAAGUUAGUUCCUGCUCAAGAAAUCAACCAUUGGCCUGAAUAUGGUAAGUUACACAUAGACCUGAAUAAACUAAUCAAGAGAACUGUUCAUAGCGUCUAUGACAUGGAGGAGCUAUUGCCCAUUCCUGAAUGGCCAGAACAUGACUGUUUAUUCACCUCUCAUUCCUUUGAGGUAGCUGCUGUCACUUAUAGGGAUCAGAUGGAGCGUUUCAUUCAGAAGUUAUAUGAGAUCCUUGGUAGACAACUUCAGACUGGACCACCUUCCCCAGUCAUCUCUGCAGGACAUCUCAGUGAGGUAGAACCUGGACAAGAACACCUUAGGGAUAGGACCCUGCAACUUAAGCAAGAUAUGACCCUUUUAGUGCCCAAAAGUUCUAGAGCCUCUUCUGUCACUCCACAGGAGGCGGCUCAAGAAAACUUACUAAGGAGUCUUAUCAAACCCACUAGUCAAGUUACUAUUGCUAGUCCUUUACUUCCAGAUCCUCAAGUUUCUCCUCCAACUGUAACCCUGCACACCUCCAGUAGCACUCCUCCAGGACAACCUCCUAGUAGUCUUCAUUCAUCCAAAGCCUCUCUUACUGUUACUAUGCAACCUAGGUAUUUAGGACCUGAUAAUGGAACCACACUUAUUCCCUCAGAACCUUUACCAUCACCUCCUAGCUCUAUUGCUACUUCUUCCUCUAGAUCUAUACCCUUAGGAAGAAUACCAGAAGAGUCACCCCAUGUAACAUUACAAGUCCCACCUACCUUAGAAAGGACUGAGAGACUUAGGAGAGAAGCUGCUAGAUCUCUAGGACCUAGACCACCUACUCCUAGACCCACUAUAGUCCCUUCCACUAGUUCAGAAGAAACCUUACCAUCAUCACCUAGAGGUAAUGCAAGUGUUCCUAUAGCACAACCUUCAGCUAUACCUCCUUUCAAUAUACAAGCCCUUGAAGACUACAUCAACAAUCUUUCAGAUGGAAGUAUAGAUGGCUUAAGUUCUUCUGAAUCAUCAACUGGAAGAGACCAAGUAGCCCCAGAACUAAUAGCCCCAGCUACUCCUGCUGAUUCUAUUACUUCUGUCUCAAGUGCUGCUACUCAUACCAUGCAAAUUCCAGUAGCACAGUCUACUCCCAGGAUUAGGAGCCAAGUAGAAGAGGAUAAUGUUAGGAAUAUACCUUAUAAUCCACCUUUAAGCAACGCUGCUAGAAGAGUUAGCCUUGCAGGCCCAAGUAUUCCUCUUAGAGAUCCACCUCCACAUGCUGACUUUAUUAAUUGCAGAUCUUCCUUGGGAGCAAAUCGGCAAUCCUCAGGAAGACCAGCUAUACCAGCUGAAUCCUUUACCAGAGUAUCUACAAUCCCAGAAGAGCGCUCCUCUAGACUAGCUGAAAGUGCCCACAGGAGACCUACCUCCUCUCCUGAAUCAAGAAGAACUCCUCUAAGUAUCCAUACCAAUUUACCUUACUUGCAGGAGCAGCCAGCACCAGUUACUAGAGAAGAAGCUAAUAUGAGUAGGAGAGGAAACUUCUUAGCCCCUCUACUAGCACCUGUCCCACAACUUCAAGUACCUCCAGCACCACCCAUUGAUAGGACUAGGUUACCUCCUCAUAUUGUAGGACGUAUGGUCUCCUCUAGAAGGUUUAGUGAGCUGUUUAAUGAUCCACCUCCUAGGGAUCAACUUAGAGAUAGACUAGCUCCCUUAGCUGAAGGAGGAGGAGGAAAUGACCCACCAUAUGAUAGCAAUGAGGGAGAUUUUGAUAACUCUGGUAAAAGAAGGAACAACCCACCUAGAAGGAAUGGAGGAGGACCUCCCAACGACCCAGAAGAUCCAGGAAAUGAACCAUACGCUCAAGCAAAUGCAGCUAGAGCUAGACCUUUCAAUCCAGCUCCUGUACACUUUGAUACUAAGCUGAAACCUGACAUAAUCCCAGAGUGGGAUGGAGACACUAAGAAGCUGUCGCGCUGGAUGACAUCCAUCAACAACAUAGCUGAGUAUAGUAGCUACACUAGAAUUCAGCUUGGACAGCAGAUUCCUCUCAGGUUCACAGGAAGAGCUCUUAGAUGGUUCAAUGCAUUAGAUAAGGACUAUAGGCAAAUUAUAACUGAAGAUUGGCCAGCACUUAGGCAAGCUAUCACUAUCCACUUCAUGAAUAGGACCUUCCUGAACAGAAGCAAGAAUGAAGCCAUGCGCAUCAGGUUCAGGGAUAAAGAUCAUUCAGAAGAGACCCCAGAAGACUAUGUCAUCAGGAAGAUGGAAGCUCUCACUAUUGUCAGUAACUGGACUGACUCUGAAUUAAUCUUUGAAAUCAUGAAUGGUGCUCCUAAGUCCUGGACCACGCAUAUAGACACCUCAAGAAUAGUCACUUGGGAAGACUUCCUUGACAAGAUUGCAUGGCAUGAGGAGGACCUUUUGGGAAAAGAUUCUUCUCAUAACUCUGACAUACAGCGUCAACUACACCAGAUGCAAUCUACUCUCAAGAGACUAGAAGGAAACAGGCACUCUAGGCCAAGUGCGCGCUCACACUUAGCAGGAUCUAAACCAGUAGGAUGGCAUCAAAAUAAUCCUCCACCAAAAUACCCUAAGGAUGACUCUACAGUAUCUAAAGGUAAAACUCCUAAAGACAAGAAAGCUAGACCUUGUAGACACUGUGGAAGUAUGAUGCACUGGGAUAGAGACUGUAAGCAUGCCAAGAAGAACUCCAGAUUUGUGCGAUCACAUAUGGCACAAGCAGAUAAUGAUGAAUGGGAAGCCCAAGAAGCUUAUGAAGAUCUCUGUGAUGAAGCCUACCUUGAUGAAACAGAAUAUGACACUGAAGGAGAAGAGUCUGUUUCUGAGGAAGAGCAGGAUUUUCAUAAGCCCCUUCAGUCAUUAGCUGUUUCUACCUCCAGCGCUAAGCCCAGCUCUGGAUCCCAGGAGGAACAGCAUGGUCUGGAGGGGACCACUGUCAGCCAGGGUACUAACUCUGCUGACCAGGGCAGUAAGGAAUCUGAUUCAUUGGUAUUUUCUGGAUAUGUACAACCCAAGCUCCCCACUAGGAAGAGCCUUAAUAAGAAACUGAAAAUGGCUAGUAGUCAUACAGCUAUUGCCAAAAAUGGAGAAGAAAUCACUCUCAAGCGAUUAAUGUCAAGACCACCAGGAACUGCUUUCUUUGGAUCUAAAGCCACCAUCAUCAAAGGUUGGCUUCAGACAAAUAAUGGACCUAAGAAGCGCAUCACCUUUGACUCAGGAUCAGAGAUCACUCUCAUUAAUGAGUCAAUACUUAAAACUCUAGAUCCAUCACCUAGAGUGCGCAUUGGACAAAAACUCAAGUUAAUUCAAGUUACUGGGAAUAGUAGCUUAUCACAGUAUAUUUCCCUUCCUAUCAUCUUUGAUACUGAACAAGGAUUAGUUAAAAUGAUUGUAGAAGCUUACAUAGUUCCUAACAUGAACACACCUUUUAUCUUAGGAACAGACUUUGCAUCUCAGUAUCAACUGUCAUUAGUUAGGAAUGGAGAUGGAACAAGGAUAGUUUUUGGGGAUACAGGACGUUCUAUUCCUGUGGAAGAAUCAGAUUCCAGCCCAAGAAUUGACCAACAAGGUAAUACUUUUAUGGUUGAAGUUGCGCAAGGAUUCAUCAAGAAUUCUGAGAAAAUCAAGAUCUCUAAGAAAGCCUACAAGAAGCGACUUCAACAUAGGAAAUUACCUCCCAAUACUGUCAAAGUAAAAGUCUAUGAGACAGUUACUAUCCCAGCGCAUACCAUCAAGCUCAUCAAAGUCAAGACAAUAUGGAAGGAAGGUCAAGCCUCUGGUUUUAUGGACAGAUCUUUCAAUUCCCAUCGACAAGAAGAACAUCUGUUUGCAAUAACAGACUGCCUGAUAGAUAGGAACAAUCCCAAGAUUCAGGUUUCUAACCUAUCAGAACAUCCUUUAAGAUUGCAAGGAGGAGAAAUUCUUGGAUAUAUGCAUGACCCCAACAAAUACCUUGCAAAGGAAAAGGACAUUACUAAGGAAGAAAAAGACAGCAUUACAAAAGAGGAAUUAAUGAAGUCGCCUGAAGGAGGACCUAAGGCUGCUGAAGUACCUGACCCAGAACCUGUCCCUUCAGAUAGAUUUCUUCAAGAAGUUAAUUUCUCAGAACAUCUCACCCCUAAUCAAAGGGCUAAACUAGAAAAAGUUUUGCACAAGCAUGAGUUAGCCUUUGGAUUAGAUGGUAGACUUGGUACUCAUAACACUCAACUGGAAAUUAGACUAAGGCCAGGAACUAAAGAAAUAUCUCUAACCCCUUACCAUGCUUCUCCAGCUAAAAGAGAAGUCAUUGACAAGCAGAUUGAGGAAUGGCUUAAACUUGGAGUCAUUGAGCCAUCCAAAAGUGCUUGGGGAUUUCCUGUCAUAGUAGUCUAUCGCAACAGUAAACCCAGACUAUGUGUGGAUUACAGACGUCUCAAUGAAGUAGCUGUACCAGAUGAGUAUCCCUUACCAAAGCAAACUGACAUUUUGCAUGCCUUGGAAGGAUCUCAAUGGCUUACUACCUUAGAUGCGCUAGCUGGUUUCACUCAGCUAACCAUUAAGGAGGAAGACAGAGAGAAACUUGCUUUCAGAUGUCACAACGGCCAUUGGCAACCUACCAAACUACUCUUUGGAUAUAGGAAUGGACCAGCAGAGUUCCAGCGUGUCAUGAAUAGGAUACUUUCAAGAUUUCUAUGGCAAUUUGCCCUAGUAUAUAUUGAUGACAUAGUGAUCUAUAGUGUUAAGUUUGAAGACCAUUGCAAUCACUUAGAUCAAGUCUUAGGAGCUAUUGAAGAAGCUGAAAUCACCCUAUCUCCAAAGAAAUGUCACAUUGGAUACCAAUCACUACUAUUGCUAGGACAGAAGGUAUCAAGAUUAGGUCUAUCAACCCACAAGGAAAAAGUUGAUGCUAUCUUAGAGUUGGAACCCCCUAAAAAUGUUCCUACCUUACAGACUUUCCUAGGGAUGAUGACUUAUUUCUCUAGCUAUAUUCCCUUCUACUCAUGGAUUGUAGCGCCUUUGUUCAAGCUUCUCAAGAAAGGAACAGAUUGGUCUUGGGAGGAAAAGGAACAACAAGCAUUUGAACUUGCUAAAGAGGCCCUAGCAUCUGCUCCACAAGUCCAAUCAAUCAAGAUAAAAGACUUAAAAGGGACAAAGGCAUACAAGUACUUAAGGGGGGAAUAUGAUAAAGGAAACCCAGUUCCCAGAAUGACAAUUCCUGCUUCCAAGCAGAGAGACGACGUGACUGGGGGGGAUACAUGGGAUAAGCAAGACUUUGAAGAAACAACUGCACAAGUAGAGCGAGUCAUUGCUUAUUGGUCAAGGAUUCUAAAAGAAGCAGAAAGAAACUACUCCCCAACAGAGCGCGAAGCAUUAGCCCUCAAGGAAGCACUUGUGAAAUUUCAGGUAUACUUGGAAGGAGCUGAAUUUGUUGCUAUCACAGAUCACGCCGCUCUCACCUGGAGCAAGACUUACAAUAAUGUCAACAGAAGACUCAUGACAUGGGGCUUAGUAUUCUCAGCCUACCCAGGAAUGCAGAUUGUGCACCGCGCAGGAAGAGUACAUGACAAUGCAGAUCCUAUCUCAAGACUUAGGAGGAGAACCCCAUAUCAUACCAGCCCUCUGGCAGAUCAAUCAACUCCACUCAAGCUCAAUAUGGAGGAAGACCCAUUAAGAAACCUCUACAAGGAGAUAAAUGAACGUUUUGAAGAGAAACUUCUUGGAGUUGCAAGCGCAUUCACCCAGAGUUACAAAAUUGGAAAUAGCCAGAAGCCCAUCAAGAAGUGGAUACCCACACCAACAGAAGCUAUAUCUUAUCAAACAACUACCUCAUACUCUGUGGAAAUAUCAAUAAACUCAGAAGAAAUCACAAGGUUCAUAGAAGCAUACAAGAAGGACUCCCAUUUUAAGCAAGUGAUGGAGGAGUUCAAGUCGCACCACAAUCCACUCAAUCCACCCUUCCAUCAAUACCAGAUAGGAGAUAAUGGAUUGAUCUACUUUAUAGAUUCCCAGGAAAAGUAUUGGCUAUGUGUACCUAGGGAUCUACAAGUAGAUAUUUUGAAGGAAAAUCAUGAUAACCUCAAUCAAGGAGCACAUGCUGGUUAUGCUAAGACAUAUCAUCGAAUUGCUUCUGUUUACUAUUGGCCUAAGAUGGCUAGAAGCAUUCAGAAGUAUGUACACACUUGUGAUAUCUGUCAGAAAGCAGGACAUCGACGGCAUGGACCCAGAGGAUUCCUUCAACCUUUACCUAUUCCACAGCAACCCUUUGAAGUAGUAUCAAUGGACUUCAUCAUGGAUCUUCCACCAAGUAACAACUACAACACUAUCCUAGUUAUUGUGGACAAACUAACUAAGUAUGGACAUUUCAUCCCAUGUACUACUCAGAUAGAUGAAGCACAAACAGCACAACUGUUCCAUGAUCACAUAUGGUGUCACUAUGGCUUACCUUGGCAAGUAAUCACUGAUAGAGAUGCUAGAUGGACAGGAGCCUUUUGGGGUCACUUAGUUAGUAUGUUAGGAAUUCGGCGAGCACUCACCACUGCACAUCAUCCUCAGAGUGAUGGACAAACAGAGAUACUUAAUCAAACUACAGAAGUGGCUAUUAGAGUAUUCACUAACCCAGCUAAGGACAAUUGGAGUAAGCUUCUAUCAGGAUUUGCACACUCAUACAAUACAAGUGUGCAUACAUCCACACAACAGACACCAGCCUUCCUACUCCGCAGAUUCCAGCCUCUAACAUCAGCUGACUUACUGGCUCUCACUUCUGAGAACAUUCCAAGACCAGCCCAAGAAAGUCAAACAGCUGAAGAAUUCAAGGAAUCCAUGGAAUUAGCACGAUCAUUAGCUAAGGACGCUCUCAAAGCAUCACCCCCAGAGUUUGGAAGCCGACCCACUCAGAAUAUACCUAGAGAAGACUUCCAACAGAUGCCUGAAUAUGAGGUGGAAAGGAUAGUAGAAGAAAGGACAAUAAAGAAAGGCAACAAGAGAAUUAGGCAGUACAAAAUCUGUUGGCUUGGGUACAGCUCAGAACAUGAUAGAUGGAGGACAGAGAAAGAAUUAAGGAAUGCUCCAGAAGUAAUCAAAGAAUGGAAGCGAACCUCUGGCUCCACUAUCCAUCCCAAUCACAGGAAGAAGAAGGAGUUCUAA